AUGACAAGCUCAUCCGGAGCUUUUAUUGCUUCAGUCUAUGGCGUCAUUGUCAUUCUGGGAAUUGUCGGCAACGUUACCCUCAUCAAGACGCUCUGCUCCCCCAAGUCCCUUCGUAAAAUCCACAAUGUCUUCUUGUGCAGUCUGGCGCUCGGGGAUGUCUUGCUGCUAGUGACCUGUGCCCCGGUUGACGCCAGUCGAUACCUGACCAGCGAGUGGGCUUUCGGCAGAGUGGGCUGCAAAGUCAUUGCCUUCAUUCAGCUCACAUCGGUUGGCGUGUCAGUGUUCACGCUCACAGCACUCUCCAAAGACAGGUAUAAAGCUAUUGUGAGGCCGUUGGACUUCCAGACAGCAAGUUCUACCACCAAAAAUAUCUUGUAUGCAGCACUUAUCUGGAUCUUGUCUCUCGUCCUGGCGAUUCCUGAGGCUGUCUUUUCUGACCUUCGCGUCUUCAGCGUACCUUCAGCCAAUGAAAGCUUUGUCACCUGUGCUCCUUAUCCCCACGCUGGAGAGCUUCACCCUAAAAUCCACUCUACCAUCUCCUUCCUAGUUUUCUACAUCAUCCCACUUUUGGUCAUCUCCGCGUACUACGCCUUUAUCGCUGCAAGCCUGACGAAGAGUGUGUCUAAAUUGCCUGUGGAGGGGGAAAUUCAUGCAAAACAGCAGGUGGAGUCAAGACAGCGUUUGGCCAAAACUGUGUUAGUUUUUGUCGCCCUCUUUGCCGUAUGCUGGCUGCCCAAUCACGUUAUCUUCCUGUACCGCUCCUAUCACUACUCAGAGGUGGACACAUCGCUGACCCACUUCCUGUGCAGCGUUGUUGCCCGAAUCUUGGCCUUCACAAACUCCUGCCUGAACCCUUUUGCGCUUUACCUGCUCAGCAAAACCUUCCAGAAGCAGUUCAAGGAGCACCUCUUUUGUGGCUUUUGGGAGCCCAUCCAAGUCACCAAGAGUCUGGAUCCUGACAUACGUAUGACUUCAGUCCGAACCACACGCCACUCCGUGUGAACAUGAAGGCCGGGCCAUAUGACUAAUUAAAAACAAUGUCGCUAUAUAACCAGGGGUGAAAGUGGGCCAGAACGGUCAGGAACGCAGUUCCGGUAUAAGAUUCAGGACCGGAAUGCUGUUCCGGUACACGGUGCUUUGAUUCCAAAAAUAUGACUGCAAAUGUCACAAUGCUAUGUAAAAAAAAAAAAAAAAAAAAUCCACGGACGGCAUGGAGGUUUCCCCAGCUGCUGCACUUAUCCGAGUCUGACGAUGACGAGUCACAUCAAUGCGCCUGGACUCAUUUAUCCGUUCAAUUGGCUGACAUACUGACAUGUGAUCGGCAGAGAUAGUUAGCUCUGAUUGGUUCAAAUGUGCAUGUUUUCUGGAACAGCAAAAAAAAAAAAAAAAAAAAGUAUAGUUUGUUGAAUUGAUACGACAAAAAAAGGGCAAUGCAACAGAAAAUGGAUCAAAUCUUUAAGAGCAAGGAAAGAGUUGAGGAGGUUUAUUUAUCAUAUUUAGUUUUAUUUGCUCUGAUUGGGAGGUUCAGAACAUCUUAGCUCUCAAUGUGCACUUUGGACUUAAAUUUAGGGUUGUCAAAAUUAUUGCGUUAACGGGCGGUAAUUAAUUUUUUAAAAUUCAUCACGUUAAAAUAUUUGACGCAAUUAACGCAGAUGCCCCGCUCAGAUUAAAAUGACAGCAGUGUAACGUCCUCUUGUUACUUGUUACCUGCUUUUUGGCGCCCUCUGCUGGCGCUCGGGUCCAAAUGAUUUUAUGGGUUUGGGGAGUGACCAUGGUGUAAUGACAUCAACAAUGGCGAGCUACUAGUUUAUUUUUUGAUUGAAAAUUUUACAAAUUUUAAUAAAACGAAAACAUUAAGAGGGGUUUUAAUAUACAGUGGGGAGAAC